GCGCCGCCCAGGAAGUCUCGCGAGAAGGAGCGGCGGCUGCCCUUGGGCGCGGGGAGCCGGCGGGCUUGUGUGGUGAGGGGUCGGGGGUUCGCAGUUAUGGCGCGGACGCUUCUUCAGCGAUACCUGGACAUCCCCGAUGGCACCGAGUGCCACCGCAAGACCUACGCCAGCACCACAAUCAGUGGUGCCGCUGGCCUGAUCGUCUCUGCCUACAGUGUCGUACUCCAGCCCCCGGAUUCCUUCCUGGAGGGGGUGGCGAGGACAGGGAGGUACACAUUUACUGCAGCCGCCAUCGGAGCCAUAUUUGGCCUUACCUCCUGCCUCAGCGCCCAGGUCCGAGAGAAGCCCGAUGACCCCCUGAACUACUUCAUUGGAGGCUGUGCCGGAGGCCUGACCCUGGGAGCACGCACCCACAGCUACGGGGUUGGAGCCGCCGCCUGCGCAUACAUGGGCAUUACGGCCGCACUGUUCAAGAUGGGCCAGCUGGAGGGCUGGAAGCUCGUCACAGCGCCCAAGGUGUAGUCCCGCCGCCUCCUGGGUCUGCGGGCAGGUUCCGAAGCAAAGAGGAAUAAAUUCUGUGUAUACUUGUU